AUGGCGAAAAUUCAAUUUUUCGUGAUAAUUUGUAUAUUUUUUGUUGAAAGUCAAAGUGGAGAGGAUUAUGAGAAUAUUCCGAUGAUUGUUAGUGAUGAUGAGAGUUUGGUGAGUUUUUUGGGGAAUUCGAAUUUAAAUGUGAAUGAGUUAUGACGUGGAAAAAAAGAGCCACGUCAUCCUUCCACCAAACGUUCAUCCAAAAAUUCAAAUAUUUCAGACUCUCACCUCCUCAAAUUCCACCACCUACAUAAUCGACUCAAAAAAUCGGAGCGAUUUCAGUCUUUUCGAAACCUAUCUCCCAUUAUUUAUGCUAAUUCUCGAUUUACCGGAAAAAGACAAAGAAAAACUCGAGGAUUAUAUGAAGGAUAAAACGUAUGAAAAAUUGAAAUAUGAAAUUGAUGCGAAAGUCAAAAAAUAUCCGAAUACGGUUUUGAACAAAUUGAAUAAUUCGAUAAUUUAUAAUAUUCAGACGAUUGAUCAAAUUGAUGAGAAAACGACGAAAGUUGUAACUGGAUAUCAUGUAAGGGGUUUUGGGUUCUUAAUUUUAGAAUUUACUGUUUCUAAGAGCUUAAGACUAUGUAUGAGUUAUGACGUGUCAAAGUACUCCGGAAUUUUUCACGUUAGACAAAAUAUUCUAAAUUAUUGUACAUCAAAUCUACUGCCUAAGCUCCUACAGUAAUCGAGAAUCAUUUAUAUUCCUGAUUUUGUUUUUAUUUUAUGAUUUCUAGACUUCUAUAGUGAUUCCACAUAUUUUUAAUUCACAAUAAAUAUGAUUGCAAACUCAAAAGGGCGUGGCCAAAAUGCAAGAUGCGCACACAAUUUUUAACUAAUUUCAGAACGCCUCAAUCUACAAUGCAAUUCGAUCAGUUUGGCUAAAACAACUUCGUCCAUUUCUACCGAUCAUUGAUCAAUUGGCAAUUAUGCAAUACUUUUCACAGCGGUUCGUUUUUUUUUCUUUUUCAUGAAUUAUUCAAACUAUAGUCCCUAUUUCUGCAGAAAAGCAGCGGAAUACGAAAGAAUGUCAAUUUGGGCGCGAAUAUGGGAGAAUUUGAGUAUGUGGAUGUAUGGGCGAACAAAAAAUCGAGCGGUUUUGGAAUGUUAUGCAAAUCAUCCGAAAUGUGUUAGAGAGGCUAUGGAACAAUUGACAAUGGAACAAAGAAUUGAUUUGGAUUUGGCGGCUGAUGAAAAUCAAUUUGAAUUAGUUGAUGAGAUUAUUAGAAAGAAAUUAGAGGAAAAUAAUAUGACACAAGAGUUGGAUGAUUGGUUAAAUGAUAAUAGACCGCCCAAAUCUUUGGAAAUUAUUUUGGAAGAACGAACUGAUGUAGAAGAAGAGUAAGGAAUAUUUGAAACAAAAUUGAUUAGAAUCUAGGUCAUUAAUUUGAACUAAUUCAAUUUUUGAUGGAAUAAUUUCCAAAAUUACGAACUCAUCCGAAAAUCCUUUUAAAUCCUUCAAAAAUAUUUUUUUCUAGCGCUCUUCAAAGAUUACGCGACAACGGUGUUCUCAGUUCACUAAAACAUUAUUAUAAAGCAGUUAUCGAAAGUCGAAAUCUAGCGGAUCAAGAGGAAAUUCGACAAUUUGUUGAUUCAAUGAAUGACACUUUUGCAAGAUGUUUCGAUCCGCUGCGAGAACAAUUUUUCAGCAAUUUUUAA